UCCCACAAUUCUGCUCAGCUGCAUAGAGCAGUGUGAUAGGCUGGUGGAGGGGGGAACUGCAGCAGAGUAGCACCGCUGUCAGGAAACAGAAGCCCACUGCGAAUGCAACUCGCAUAACCAGCUGAACGAGGGACGGUUUACCUGCGUGAUUAACCAUGACAACUGAAUCGGGCGCAGACUCGGAGGCCAAGCAGCCGCAGGAGAACAAGGAGAAGGGGAAAGCGAAAGAAGCCGCCAAACCCGAGAACCAACCAGAGGAGCUCCCCGCCGCCGCCGGACACAGCACCCCCGCCCGGAAAGAGCAGGAGCCGCAGGAGGACGACCAGGUCUCCCAUCAGUCAUCCACCAGUCGUCUGUCCAGGUCUCCUCUGAAAGGAGUGAAGAAGGUGAAGAUCAUGCAGUGCAAAGUCACCAUGCUGGACGGCUCCGACUUCUCAGUCAACGUGGAGAAACGAGUCAGGGGUCACGUGCUCUUCGAUAAAGUAUGCGACCACCUCAAUCUGCUGGAGAGGGACUACUUCGGCGUCACAUACAGAGAUGUAGAGAAUCAGAAGAACUGGCUGGACCCAAACAAGGAGCUGAAGAAGCAGAUCAGGACCGGUCCCUGGAACUUCGCUUUCAACGUCAAGUUUUACCCUCCAGACCCCGCACAGCUCACUGAGGAUAUCACAAGGUACUACCUGUGUCUGCAGCUGAGAGACGAUGUGGUGUCAGGCCGGCUGCCCUGCUCCUUCGCCACCCACACGGUGCUCGGCUCCUACACUGUGCAGUCUGAGCUGGGAGAUUACGACCCCGAGGAAUUAGGCAGCGACUACAUCAGUGAACUGCGCUUUGCACCGAACCAAACCAAAGAGCUGGAGGAGAAGGUCAUGGAGCUCCACAAGACCUACAAGGGGAUGACACCUGCCGACGCUGAGAUACACUUCCUGGAAAAUGCCAAGAAGCUGUCCAUGUACGGCGUGGAUCUUCACCACGCUAAGGACUCUGAAGGCGUGGAGAUCAUGUUGGGAGUCUGUUCUAGUGGCCUGCUCAUCUACAGGGACAGGUUGCGGAUCAACAGGUUUGCAUGGCCCAAAAUCCUCAAGAUUUCCUACAAGAGGAACAACUUCUACAUCAAAAUCCGUCCCGGCGAGUUUGAGCAGUUUGAAAGCACAAUUGGUUUCAAGCUCCCAAAUCAUCGCGCUGCAAAGCGGCUGUGGAAGGUCUGCGUGGAGCACCACACCUUCUUCAGGCUCGUAUCCCCCGAUGCACCACCGAAGAAGUUCCUGAGCCUCGGCUCCAAGUUCCGCUACAGCGGCAGAACGCAGGCUCAGACCCGCAGGGCGAGCUCUCAGAUCCACAGACCGGCGCCACUGUUCGAACGCUCCGCCAGCAAGCGCUACAACAUGUCCCGCAGCUUAGACGGAGCACCCAUCACCGAGAGCCAUGAGACUCUGAUGAAGGACAGCGCCGCUGACGGAGCGGCCAAAGUCAUUGCCAAGGGAGACGUUAUCACCACGGUGACAGAGAAGAAGGCAGAGGAAGAGAAGGCGGAGCAGGAUGACGCUCAGAUGGCUGCAGAGACGCCAGAGCCCGAAACACCGCUCAGACAUGACACAAAGUGCUCCCCUCAUGUUUACACAACCGACCCCCUCCGCUCCGAGCUCUCCCUCCCCUCAUCUCCUGUUUCAUCCACUAAAGUACGGCGGAGGCGCAGGGAGAGUGCACGUAAACGGGCGUCGUCGGUCAGCCCGGCCAAGAGCAGCGACGGGUGCCGCCGCCGGCAAGCCCUAGCCGACCGCAAGGCCGCACUGCUGGACGAGCAGGUGCUGCUGCUCUCAGCCCGCAAGCAGAGGCUGGAGCAGGGCAAGAGCCGCGGCGGCAUGCUGUUCUCCUUCUCCCUGCACCUGCCCGACCUGUCCGCCUACCUGGACGAGGACGGCUACAUCUCCUUCCCCGAUCUGUCCGAGAUGCGCUUCCUCCCCAUGUGCGCGCAGAACUUCAUGCCCAUAAAGUCACCGUCGCUCAUCCCCUGCUUCCUCUUCAUCUUCUUCUUCCUGCUCUCCACUUCGUUUUCCGUCCCAUACGCCCUCACCCUCUCCUUCCCCCUGGCGCUGUGCCUCUGCUACCUGGAGCCCAAGGCAGCCUCCCUGACCGCAUCCAUAGCCCAGGGCUACCAUGACCAUGACAGUUCAGAGGAAGAGGAGACUGACAGCGAACAAACCGACUUUGCCUUUGAUGGAGACAUGACCGCCACAGAGUCGGAGGCAGAUGAGGACUCUGAGAUGCCCACUCAGUAUAGUUUCAUAAGACGAGUAAAAGGGGAAAACGUUUUUAUCAAGCAUAGUAAUCUGAUGCUAGAGGACGCCUCGCCUCUGGAAGAGAUGGUCAAGCACCAGACCAGCAUCAGCGAGCUGAAGCGCUCCUUCCUGGAGACGGGGGACAAUACUUCGGGCCUGACCGAAUGGGAGAAGAGACUCUCCUCGUCCCCGGCGCGCUCACCCAGAGCGGACGAACCGCCGAUGAUAGUGCCACUGGAGCCGCAGGACACUAAAGACGAGCAGCCUGCAGGAGAAGAGACAAAAGAGGAGGUGGAGCCUAAACUCUCUGAGGCGGCAAGAUAUCUGGUGAAAUACGUGGUGGAUAGUAUGGCGACAGAUUUGGCCACUUCCUCAGGGCCUCACGGGCUUAGUCUGUCAACCACGAUGGACGACGACGUCUUCAUGGACGGAACCCUCAGGGAGGUGGACGAGAAAACCCCCGACUCCCAGGAGGAGCUUUCGGAGAGGGCGGAGCUGAAGGUCAGCCCCGGAGCUGUCAGACAGGAAGUGUCCCAGGCCAUCAGCGACAAGAAAGGGACGCUCAUUAUUUUGAAGGAUUCAGAGGAUAAAGUCGACACAGAGGGCAAAGCGAUGAGUCCUGUUGAUGAAGAAGAGGAGUCCAUCAUUCCUGAAGAGGACGAAGCUGAGGAGAAUGAAAUGCUAUCAGCUUCAAAAGAGAAAGAAACCAUAAAAGAAGACACUUCUGUAGAGGCAAGAAACGCAGAAGACAAGACACAGCGUCUGAGGAUCGAGAUAAAAACUGAAGACUUGACUCAGAUCAAAGGUAUCGACUCCCCUAAAAAGGCCAUGGCAUCCUGGAUAUCUGAGGAGGUGAAGACCGAGGCUUCGGAGGUCAUCAGUGUGACGAAUGAAGUCAUAGAGAUGACUAACGGCGUAAACCAGGAAGCAGAGUUCUUCACCUUCGAAGAGGGACAAACAGAGCAGACCAAGUCCUUCAAAGAGGUCCAGACUAAGAAGUCAGAGUUCUUUGAAGAGGUCCAAACGAAGAAGUCAGAGUUCUUUGAAGAGGUCCAAACGAAGAAGUCAGAGUUCUUCGAAGAGGUCCGAAAGGAGCAGUCAGAGUUCUUCGAAGAGGUCCAAAAGGAGCAGUCAGAGUUCUUCGAAGACGUCCAAAAGGAGCAGUCCAGGCUGACUCAGAUUACCAUUUCUGAAUCCUCUACUACAUCCUUAGCAGCGUCUACGCUGGGAUGGGUUCCCUCCUCUGAAAAGACAUCCGCUGAACCGCAGGAGGAAAUGGUGGUUGCCACAGAGACGGAGGCAGCACCAGCCGAGUCGACGGGGCCAACGAGUCUGGAUGUCGUCGAGGUGGGAACCAAAGAGGUGCCUGUUGUCCACACAGAGACAAAAACUAUCACCUAUGAGUCUGCAGAGCCUGACACUAAUGGUGACGUAGACCCUGGGGUGUUGCUGAGUGCUCAGACCAUCACCUCGGAAACCACCAGCACCACGACAACCACACACAUCACAAAGAUGGUGAAAGGAGGAAUAUCGGAGACGAGAAUUGAGAAGAGGAUCGUCAUCACAGGAGACUCGGACAUCGACCACGAUGAGGCUCUGGCUCAGGCCAUAAAGGAGGCUAAAGAACAGCAUCCUGACAUGUCAGUGACCAAAGUAGUGGUACAUAAAGAGACAGAGAUCACGCCAGAGGAGGGGGAGGACUGACCCAGGAGUAACUCUGAGGGCUGUUUUCUGUUCAACCUCCCAGAAUCCAACUCCAACAUAAUACUCCGAGACUCUCAGAAGACUAGAAAGGCUCCUACUCUCCGAAUGCUGCAGCUCUCCGCUAGUCGCAACCAUCACCUGCAAAAUACAUGAAUGCAUCUUGCAUGAGAAGGACGCAACGUUGCAUUAUCCAACAAACGGCAAGAUUAUACUGAAAACCGUACAAUUUUAAAAAAUGGUUCUCGAACCGCCUGCACGCCGAAUCCCUGUGUGUGCGGCAAGCAAACGGUUUGCUUUCACUGCCUUAUGACUUUGAUGCAUUUUUAUGAUUAUUGAGAAUAAUUAUUGUAGCAACGUUUUAUUUAUGAAAUAAAGCCAUCACUCCAGAAAUCGCUGUAGGCUGUAUACGUUAGGGAGCAUACACUAUUUAACCUUGCUGUAGAAGUGCCAGCCUCAUUUGCCAGCAAACAUUGCCUCACUCACUCCAACAACACAAUGAUUUUCCGUAAAGUUUGCCACAACAGAAAUCACUACGGCCCGGUUCUGUACAUAUCAAAGCUUUCCUAGGAGAAUAGCAAAUUAUCUUUCACGGUUGAUUUGACUCACGUCUACUUGAAUUGCAUUUUCCUUUUUUAAAGAUCGUUUGAGCUUUUUAAUUGUUUUCUCAUCGAUUGAUUCCACCUAGAAUAAGGCCUGUUUUGGCAAACGCCAAGGAAUCAAUAUUUCUGUGAAAGAAAUAUGUUUUAAUGUGCCUGCGCAGGCGUUGAAUGUUCACCAGGGUAGAUGAUCGGCUAGCAAGCCCCAGUUUUGUGUGACAGGGAGGCAAAGGGCUCAGACUGCCGAGCGCUGCCUAAAUUAGAAGCAAAGCCAAGAGAGAUCUGUAAACACCCCCACCCACCUCCCACCUUGAACAUGUCAACUUUAUGCCUCCCUCAUCUGUCCAACUGUAUCUGAAUAACCAAGUUUUGUUCCUGUACAGCCAUGUUUUCCUCAGAGUGGUGAAAUAAAAGUGGCAAAUGCAUUUGUUUUUAAUUUGCUGUUUCCUUCUCAAAUAAUAAAAUGUUGACCACAGUA